UAGGUGAAAGUAAUUAUAAUUUUUAUUUAAUUGGUUUAAGGUUUAAAGUGCAGUGUUUAUAGCUCAGUCUAUCUACCUAGGUAUGUGUAGUUAGUUGUCGAUUAGAUAGUUAGUUUAAUUUACUUCGUAACGUGUGCUGUUUUCUGUGGUGGUCGAUAUGGAUAUCAGAACAGAGAUGAAGUUCGCUUUGUUACUGCUGCUAUGGCUGGUGAACCAUUCGCUAUCCCAAAGCUGUGAUUUCUAUACAGACGUUGCAGCCGGGAGCUCGCAGAUAUUCUCAAACCCAAACUAUCCUGGGUCUUACCCACCAGGUAUACAAUGCAGGUGGACCGCCAGAUGUCCUCAAGGGUACAACUGUCGGCUUUCUUGCCCACAAAUACAAAUACCCCAGUCAUCUGGAUGUAGCAUGGAUCGGCUGCUAGUCUCCCGAACAGGAGAUCCUCAGCUGAAUGCUGCGGAUACAUACUGCGGGCCGGGCUCUAUAUACCUUACUUCGACUGGUCAACUACUCACCGUUGGUUUGAUAUCGAGCCCACAGAGUCCAGGAGGUACCUUCCGUUGUCAGAUCUCGGCGGUACAAAGUGGGGGGGAUGUUACUCCUCCACCUAGUCAGUGCACCUGUGGAGUUAGGAACCAAAACCGCAUAGUAGGAGGUGUGGAAACUGGCAUCAACGAGUUUCCAAUGAUGGCGGGACUGGUAGAUCUGAGCAUCCGUACGAUCAAGUGUGGAGGAACCAUUCUGACUAAACGACACGUGUUGACGGCGGGCCACUGUCUGUACAGACAGAAUUACUCCAACUACGCCAUAGUCGUUGGCGAGCAUAAUGUAGAAAUAGGAGACUCCCCAGCAACAAGAGCAUAUGCGAUAUCAGGAGCCGUGAUACAUCCGUCGUUUACCCCCGUCGUAUAUGAUUAUGAUGCGGCGAUAGUGACCACUGCACAGAAUAUGGAGUUCAGCCAGUUGGUCAUGCCAGUGUGUUUGCCAUUCAAGUUCCGUGGUAACGACUUCUCUGGAUCCAAGGUGACUGCCAUUGGUUGGGGCACGCUUUUCAUUGGUGGGCCGAAGCCUAAAGCUCUGAUGAAGGUAGACUUGGACGUUAUAAGCCAGGGUAGCUGCAGGAACACAUUCCCCAGGCUCACUGACCGGCAGAUGUGCACAUACACUCCAGGGAAGGACUCCUGUCAGGAUGACUCUGGCGGUCCUCUCCUCUACACAGACCCUCAGACUGGUCUCCUCUUCAACGUGGGCAUGGUGAGCUAUGGCAACUUCUGCGCUUCCGAGAACCCCGCGGUGAACACCAGGGUCACCACUCUCUUGGACUGGAUCGUGGCUAACACUCAGCCUGUAUCGCAAUACUGUGUCAAAUGAUUCCUUUCUGACUUUGUGAAACUGUGACUUUGUGAAACGUCUUAAAAUCUAAAUUCGAUAUUGUUGAUUAUUAAAAACAUAUAUAUGUA